AUGGGACGUUCAUCCAAGAGCCGUUCAGGUGGUUUAAGCUCAAGAUCAUCCUUUCUUAAACCGAAUUCAUCAAGUGGAGUUAGCAGAGGAAAUGCCACAAGCGCCCAGAGUUAUUCAGGAGGAGCAAUGCAACCACAACAAAAAUCGGGUGGAUUGGUAUCCAAUAUGAUGGGAACUGUUGCUAGUGGAAUGGCAUCAGGUGUUGGGUUUGGAAUUGCCCAAAGGGCUGUAGAUGCCAUUUUGGGUCCAAGACAUGUUGAAGUUUCUCACCAAAAUAAUAACACACAGAUGAAUCAAGCAGCAGCUAUGAAUACUGAAAGGAAUAGUGAUUACAAGUGCAAAUCGUUUAAGGAUGAACUUAAUCAGUGCCUGACGAGACAUGCUGACAUUAGUUUAUGUCAAAAUUAUGCUGACUCGCUGAAAUCAUGUCAGCAGUCCAUGUAA